AAAGCCACAGAGUGGGCGGGAGGCGCAGCUCUCAACAAACAAGAGUGUAGCGAGAGAGAGACACAGAGGAAAACACUCUUGAUCUUUAUCUUUAGACAUUUUGUUGGUUUUGAGACACUUUAGAAAAUGUGUAAUUCCAGCAGAAAUGGGGGCUUAUAGUUCUCCAGCAGAUUCAUGGGUAAUGAUGACACCAAACAUUGCCACCUUUGUGCCUGUUGUUAAAUGCAAUGUGUGUGCUUUGUUGUUUUAAAAGAAAAUAGCGUUAACGUAGCCGGUAGGAAUACUUGUGGAGUGAAACCAGAGACAUCUCCCUGAGCCGCGGACGCUUGUGGCCACCAAUUGGAGGAGUGAGUGACUUGUACCAAGUGACAGCUGAGUCAGUGGGAUCUUUGUUGGAGGGAGAGUUGUUAGCGCCGAGUGAGAUUGUCUUUUGUUUUGCUUUAUAUUUCUUGCUUGUGUCCGUUUAUGCAUCCACUUUGAAAAAAAAUGGCGACAAGAGUAGGCGGAGGGUACCCCAUGAACCCAGGGAGUCCUCUGAAUCCUUCCUUGGGGGCGAACCCAAUGAAUGCGAUGCCAGGACAAGCGGUGCGAAUGCCAAUGAACCUCCAGCAGCAGCCUCCAGGUUUCAGGGCGAUGGGUCCCGGCGGCGUUUACAACCGAGGAGGGAUGCCUCCAGGAGCUCGCAUGGGAAUGCCAGGAAUGCAGAUGGGCAUGCCAUCUGGCUCAUCUUUCAUGGGCAGCCCUGCUAUGAGACCAGGUAUCCCGCAGCCAAUGAUGGACCCGUUCCGGAAACGUCUGCUUCCACAGCAGCAGCCUCCACAGUCAAUGCAGAAUCGUGGGAGAGGUGUCAAGAGACGGAAAAUGGCUGACAAAAUUCUACCACAAAGGAUCCGAGAGCUUGUCCCUGAAUCCCAAGCUUACAUGGACCUCUUAGCUUUUGAGCGCAAACUGGAUCAGACAAUCAUGAGGAAACGGCUGGAGAUUCAAGAGUCUAUGAAGAAACCCUUAAUGCAAAAGCGUAAACUGAGGAUCUACAUCUCAAACACCUUCACUCCAGCCAAGCCGGAGGGUGAUGAAGGAGAAACUAUUGCAUCAUGGGAGCUUCGGGUGGAAGGAAAGCUACUUGACGAUCCUGGAAAAGUGAAAAGGAAAUUCUCAUCCUUUUUCAAGAGCCUGGUUAUCGAAUUGGACAAGGAUCUCUAUGGACCGGACAAUCACUUGGUGGAGUGGCACCGAAUGCCCACAACACAGGAGACUGAUGGCUUUCAGGUGAAGAGACCAGGAGAUGUGAAUGUGAAGUGUACCCUGCUAUUGAUGCUGGACCACCAGCCCCCACAGUACAAACUGGACGCCAGGUUGGCACGAUUACUGGGUGUCCACACUCAGACACGGGCAAAUAUCAUGCAGGCACUGUGGCUGUACAUAAAGAAGAACAAGCUGCAAGAUAGCCAUGAAAAAGAAUACAUCAACUGCAAUCGCUACUUCAAACAGAUCUUUAACUGCAUGCGAAUGAAAUUCUCUGAAAUUCCGAUAAAGUUGGCUGGUCUCCUGCAGCACCCAGAUCCCAUCAUUAUCAAUCACAUGAUUAGUGUGGAUCCUAAUGAUCAGAAGAAAACAGCAUGUUAUGACAUUGACGUAGAAGUUGAUGACCCUUUGAAGAGUCAAAUGAACAACUUCCUCCUUUCAACAACCAAUCAGCAGGAAAUCGCAGUGCUGGAUAUUAAGAUUCAUGACACAAUUGAAUCUAUCAAUCAGUUGAAGAUCCAACGUGACUUCAUGCUGAGCUUCAGCAACCACCCACAAGAGUUCAUCCAGGAUUGGAUAAAGUCACAAUGUCGAGAUUACAAGAUUAUGACUGAUGUCAUUGGAAAUCCAGAAGAGGAGAGAAGGGCUGAGUUUUAUCAUGAGCCAUGGACACAGGAAGGGGUUGGACGAUUCAUCUUCUCAAAGGUUCAGCAACGCAGACAAGAACUGGAACAAGUACUGGGAAUCCGUAUCACUUAGGUAUAAUGAUUGCGCCCUUCCAAAGUAACUGGAGCUCCACAUUCAUGUUACUCGCACUGCUUCUUCGAUGUCAGAGAAACACGCCUGGUUAGAUUGUAGAUCACAAGCAGAGAAAUUACUUUGCUAGGGACAUUCUAGCCAUAUUUUUAUAUAGAAAAAAACUGUAAAAUUUGAUACCUGUUUGUAGCAUUCCUUACCCUUCUGCUGCACUAAUGGCUGAGAAAUACCAGCUGUAAUAGGAAAAAAAUGAUCUUUUUAAAAGCCAUUGCUAAAUUUUUCAGGGGUGUUCACCCAAUGUUUGGUUAUAUACAAACUCCAGGAACUCGAUUUGAUUGAAAGGCCUCUGGCAUGGCCCAAAUCUGCCAUUAGAUUUGCACUUUUUUUCGUGUUGGAAUGAAAAAGAUUGCACAACUGAGUAACUGUGCUCAGAAGUCCACAAAGUAGCCUGGUGGCUUCAUAAAGAACAUGAUGAUUUAGUGAACUUCAGGAGCUUAAUUAGCCUCUUGGACAGUGAAGGGUUAUACUUAAAAUUACUUCUGAUAGCUGCAGUCUCACAGGAACAAAAGCCAUUUUUUAUUCUUGUAAGGCAUCCUAGCACUUAAAUCAGAAACAAGUUUAAUGGUACACUUAUGCCUACAACUUGCUGGUUGCACUAUUGACAUAUGAAUACAUUUGCACUCUAAAUUCAAAGCAAAGUAAUAAACCUGAAGCCACAAAAAAAAUCAAGACUUAUGUGGCCUAUCAAACUUGCUGUGCCAUUCAGUACAAUCAUGGCUGAUCUUAAGUUUUAACAAUACUUUCUCACACACGUCCCACAUGCCUUGAUUCCUGAGACCAGAAAGUCCAUCUAUUUCAGUCUUAAAAAUAUAUUCCAUCAUGGUGCAGAGAAUUCCAAAGAUUUACAACCCUUCAAGAUAUUUUGCAUCUCAGACCUUAAAUGAUCAGCCCCUUAUCCUGAAAGGUACGCACCCUUGUUCUAAAUUCCUACUGGGAAGCGGGUGUAUGGGUGUAGCCAGAGGGCGGUGGGGGAUCGAGGUGUAUAAUUUGAACACCUACCCUGUCAGACCUAUCCUGGAGUAUGUUUGCCCAAAAUUUGAUCUUGCGUUAGGAGACUAUGCAGCUACCAGAUUGCAAUAAAGAAUUCUUGUAUCUUUUCUGGUUAAUAUUGUGGAAACAUUUGACCUGACCAAACAAUGUCUCUGCCCGAUUCACGUUUUGUAAAACUCGAAUCCUCUCUUGUCCUACAGUUUUAAUCCGUUCAGUCUCAAAAGAUAGAUUGGCAAGCUGGAAUUGGAACUAAAUGUCAUAAGUAAAGUCAUUGUGCACUGCUUGAAGGAUUAUUUCAAUCUGUAUCAAUCGAAUAUGUAUUCUAUUACACAGAUAACUGCCCUGUUUAGAUCAGCGCUAAAUGUGCAUCUUAUCCAGUUUACCCUCUUGCAGUGACAGACUGCAAGAUGUGUUUCUACUGAGCUGUAGAAUCUGCCUUUUCUUUAUUAGCAUCCUAUGAACUCAUCUCUUCCAAGGACAUUUUGUCAUGUGUUAAAACAUCAUUCACAUUGCAUGCACGAAUCUAAACAUGUACCAUCACAAUAGUCUUCAUCCAACCCAGAGAAAUCAUGGUGUUAAGAAUUGCCAAGAUAACUGAUGCUGAAAAGAAAAACUUGUGUUUUGAAUCUCUUCCCCGUUUGUGGAUAUAAUGGGGAAUCAAAAAGAAUUCUGGUUUGAUACAUCAUUUUAGGAGGUUCGGGGUAGACUUGGGCCUUGAACAGAAUACACCAUCAGGUUUUACAAAAAGAUAUAAGAUAAUGUUUCUGACAAAUCAUUCAGCAAUCUUGAAAACGAGGAGAAUCCCAUUUUUCAGCUUUCUAAAUAAUAUGUGGACUUCGAAGUUCAGAGUAGGGGAUAAUAGGAAAAAGGCAUUGGUUGUGUAUCUCCUCACUUGUUUAAUUAGUUCAAAACGUUCCUUUGAAGUUGCACCAGUGAUUUUCUUUUUAAAUUCCUUUCCAAUACUGCUGAACGCCAUUGUAAAUUUAAACUUGAAAACUUAAGCUUGAAAACAGGCUCUCAGGACAAAGUUGAUGUAAUCAAAAGAGUUAAUGGGGGUUAAAGUGUUAUUCAACCCAAUUGUAAUAAACAUUGAACUUGAUUUUAGGUUUGUACAACUCAAUUUCAAAUUGGUGUUCUGUUCUGUUUCUAAAUAAUCAUCAUAAAGUCUGUCAGAUCUAGAGCCAUAUGGAGUGUAAUAUAAUUAGAAUACACCAGUCAAAGCCUUAAUGCCCAAUAAAUAGAAAAAGAUCUGGGUCCUUAAUGUAAAUCCGAACAGAGAGCUAGAUCUAAGCAAAUAAUAGGAAUGUUAAUAGGAAUACUGAGAGGUUCUAAUUCCACCUUUGUGGAGUUUUUAAAAAUGCAAUUUUAUUAGGAUUUCCUUAAGAAAUAUAAUUUAGGAAAGAAAUUGCUUUCCUAUAGCAUUGUACAAUUGUUUUUUUAAAAUAUACAACAAAAAAUCAUCUAAGAUCAAGGAAAGUUACAUUUAUAAAGGUACUUGACUGUUGAAUAUUUCAGGUAUAAGUUACAUUUGUUGUAAUUACAAACUGCUGAGUGCAAAUUUAAAUGUUAAAUCUGAGAUUCAGAUCUUGCAAAGCUUUAGAUUUAAUGGUUUACAGAAAUGACUGCUGUGAAAGUGUAGAAUAGUUUAGAAUGCAUUUUGAAGUGUUGAGAAAUUGUAUGAGAUUGUGGUUAGGUGGCUGGGCAAGGCAUCAAUAUCUGCAACCAGGAGGUGAUGUCUCUGUCCUGUUCAUUCAUAAUAUUAAGAAAAAGUCAUUAUACUGCAUAAUUAUGCCUCACAUUGUUCUUUUAGGGAAGAUAUGAACUGGGAUAGCAAUUUCCUUAUAUCAAAUGAACAUUAAAGUCAUACAGUCCAACCAGAAUGCUAGCUGAUCUUGCUUCAGUUAGUCAUCAGGUUCUUAAUGGAUCUGCUUCCAUUGAGAUGGUAUUUUUAGUCAAAACUCCUUAAAUGUCUGUAGAAAGCGUUUUAUUUAUAGAACGUAGGAUCUUGAGUUUGUGGUGCAUUUUUGGAUAAUGUGGUUUGUGCACAGUUUUCUGAAAUAUGCUAUUUGCUUUUAUUAAGUUACUGCAUUUAGUUGCAUUAAAAGCAAAUCAGCAUAAUUCAACCAUCAGUAACUUGUCAUACAAUACAUGAUUUUUUUAAAUUAAGACAGAUUUUCCUUCGCUGCUGAGUGAGUUCGGACAGCAAUGUUGGGUAGGUUUCCUUGCCUAGAGGCAACUCAAGUAACCAUUCUCUAAAACUAAGUAGCUAAGCAGCCAUUGAGUCAAUCUCAUCUAACACCACAUCUUCCCUCAUCCAAAAUAUACAUCCACUUCCAGCAAGUAUAACUGGAUAGAGAUUAAAUGGGAAAUAGUUCCAUUUUCAUAACCUAAGUCAAAUCCAGAAAAGGAAAUUUUGCACUAGAAGAAUUCUAUAAAGUUACUUAAUGUAACUGUUUUAGAAAAAUAUUAUUUAAUGAUAUUGGGGAAGGGAGUUGCUGGUAAGGGCAGCAUUUGUUGCUGUCCCUAAUACCGUUAAACCAAGGGACUAGGCUAGGCGAUUUCAGAGGACAAUUAGGAGUCAGUUGUAGUGGAUCUGCAGUCACAUGCUAUGCCAACCAGGAAAAUAUGGAAGAUUUCCUUCCAGAAAGGACAGUGAAUCACAUUUUUGUUUUGUGACAAUUCAUGAUUGUUUAAUGGUCACCAUAAUGGAAACUCUUUCUAAAUUCAAAUUUAAAAAAUGGAAUCGAAAUUACUUAAAAUUGGCCUUUGGAUUAACUGUCCAGUUACACUAACAUUUUAAUUAGGUUAAAACCACCAUAGUUUAUGUUUCCAUCAAAAAGUAAACAAAGUUAGCUACCUCCUGAUAGUAGUUCGGUGUUACACUUCGCUGCCCACCAGGUUCCAUAAAUCCAAACAUUUUUCUUUUGUGAGGUUGCUUUGAUUCUUCCACGAGGUUAUUUUACAAAAGAUGCAAGGCCUUACCAAAGACAAUUAUCCGAGGACGUCACUAGGUGAAACCUCUCCAGUUCUCCUAAACAAAAUGCUGCAAAUGGUACAUAUAUAUAUAAAACAAUCAGCUUGAAUGCACAGAGAGAAAAUCUGGGCAUAAAAUCCAAAUUGUAUUCAGUUUAUCAACUGUCGGCCAAGUGUAGGAUUGGGCGACUGCAGGACAAUUAUUGAAAACGUAAAACAUUUUCAAUUCAAAAGGAAGCCCCUUUGUUCAAAUACCCUUAAAUAUUUGCUCAAAGUAUACCUGUAUUUAAAACUAUUCACAAAUGUAGGAAUAGUUUUCUUUGUUAAAUACUUUUGAGUAGGAAGCACAUUGCAGUGCAGUUGACAAAAAAAACCAGACUCCCUAUCAUGUUGCCAGUUGACUUGAGUACAUACUACUUUGAGAUUUAACUGAAGUACUUCAAUGUCUGCAAAUAGACAUUUAUUGUUCAACUUUAUAAGUGCUUUAGUACCAUGUCACUAAAAUAUGUAGGCAACAGGACUGAAUAGUUAACAAAUUGCACCUCAUGGCAGAUGGAUGAGGUGUACCAGGAAUCAGACAAACAGCAUAUGGCUCCAUUCCCAGUAGUAAAUUCAGAGUGAAAAUACAAUUGCUUUCAAGCACAAGGUGGGGAUGUUGGAAUAUAUGCUACAAAACUAGAACAAAAAUUUGAUUGAAAAAUAUAACAUUCUUCCUGUUGCAUACAGCCAAUACUGUAAUGACUGAAGUUAUGCUUUUACAUGUUUAUAUUUACAGUUUUGUAAUGUUUUGAUGCUUUUAUAUUCAAUGCAGUGGUGUGCAGGACUAAGGUACAAUUUGUGGAUAUUUAUAGAGAAUGCCUGUAUUAGUUAGGUACUGGACUCUGAUUUUUAGAAAGUGAAAUUUUGUUCAAGGAUUGCAUUAUAUAUUGCCUAAAUUGUUAAUUUUGACACUUUGAAUAUUGCACAGCCUUGGAAAAGGAGGCUCAAAUGUUAUUUCAUUCCAAAGAGCUAAUGGUUCUUUAAAAUAUGACCAAGACAGCCACGGUUCUAAUUUUACAAUCAUAUUAUGGAGCAGUUCCAGUAAAGCACCAAUAUUAAUACUGUAAUACUGGUUUAUGCGCUGCAUUCCAUGAAUGGAUUCAUGGGAACUCUGAAGCCCUUAAGUACAACUCUGCUUAAGAAAUACAAAAUGUUACUGGUUCACUGACAUUCACUGGGUGGAAGUUUCAACAUGAAAAAAUGUCAGAUACAUUUUACAGGCACUGCUGUACAGGUACAAAAACGCUUAUGUCUAUAUGCAUUGCAAUUUGGUGCUUCUGUUCAAUUUGGGACCACAUUUGUACCAGAGCCAAUAAAAAGUUAUGUAAAAGUCUCCUAUAGAGAUUCUUGCAUUGGAAAGAGACCAUAA